GCAUUUAUUUCUUCUCUCCUGUAGACCCGCGUCGGGCCUUGUUCUUGACUCUUCUUCUUUUUAUUGGGAAUCAGAAACAAAAACUGGUGACACUGACAACCGUUCCCCGCUCUCUGUUUUGAGUUCAAUUUUAGACUUUUAGUCGUUUUCCCUCUCUUUCAGUCGCUAUUUAUAUCAAGAAUUUUUCAGUAGGAGGAGGACCGGCGAUGGCGAUGGUGGCAACAAUGAAGAGAUGGUUGGGUUGGUCCCAGAUGGUGGCCAGCAUGUUGGCCGUGCAAGUCUUCGCGACCGGGCAACAGCUGCUCUCUAAAGUUAUACUGAAUCAAGGAACCUUCAUCUUUUCAUUCAUGGCUUACCGGCAUUUGGUCGCCGCUCUCUGCGUCGCUCCUUUUGCUUUCUUCCUCGAAAGAGCUGAUUCAAAGAAGCUGGCCUGGUCGACAUGGUUCUGGCUCUUCAUCAAUGCCUUAACCGGGAUAACAAUGGCGAUGGGACUGUUUUAUUAUGGUCUUCGAGACACAACAGCAACAUAUUCCACCAACUUCCUCAACGUAAUUCCCAUUGUCACCUUUGUCUUCUCCAUCCUUUUACGAAUGGAGAAGCUGGGACUAGACAGCAAAGCAGGGAAGAUUAAGACAAUGGGUGCAAUUAUAUGUGUCGGGGGAGCACUGACGACGAGUCUUUAUAAAGGAAAAUCGUUCGAUCUCAUUCACGAUCACCGCCAUUUUCACUCACCUGCUGCCAUCGAGGACUCAAGCUCGAACUGGACUCGAGGAACUUUCAUGCUUGUUGGUAGCUGCUUGUGUUACGCCAUUUGGUACAUAUUGCAGGUGAAGCUGCUCCGAGUGUUUCCGUCAAGAUACCGCGCAACGCUGAUAACAUGCAUCAUGGCGUCGGUCCAAUCAGCAGCAAUUGGCCUGUGUUUAGACAGGCGUGAGGCUGCUUGGAGAUUAGAGUGGAACCUGCAACUAGUAACCAUAGUUUACUCGGGAGCACUAAGUACGGCAGCAACGUUCUGCCUACUGACAUGGGCGAUUGCGAAGCGAGGCCCUACUUAUGCCCCGAUGUUCAACCCACUGUCCCUAAUAUUCGUUGCUGUAUCGGAAGCUCUGUUACUCGGAGAACCGAUGAGACUCGGAAUCGUGGUAGGCACGAUUAUGAUCAUAGUUGGUUUGUACUCGUUCUUGUGGGGAAGAAAGAAGGAAAAGGAAUCGUUGGACGAGGCAAAUGCGGGAGACGAAGCAUCGCCGAUACCCAUUCCGGGAUCUGAAGAUAUGCAGUUGAAGACCUUUGAAGCAUCACCUGUUAGUGUUAAAAGCGUUUAUGCUGCCAUGGAAGAAGGAGGUGUAAAAGAUAAGGUCCUGAAAUCAGUAGGAGCCUCAUUUUUGUAAAGGUCUAAUUCAAUACUCGGAAAAAUAUUAUAACCAACCUUAAUUAAGAAACUAGGAAACUAGCUAGGCUCUCGAAUUUCUGAAAUAUUUGACCAAUAAAUUCGCAGGG